AUGACAUCGUCCAAAUCUAAAUGUAACUCCAAGCCUUCCAGCCUAGUAUCUGGCGUUGGGCUUCAGAAUGUGGCACGACGUACACUAGGUACAAUCCUACUCUUAAUUACUGUCGUAUUAUGGACCACCUCCAAUUUUUUGGCCAGUUUCAUGUUUGCAGAUAACAGCUACUCAAAACCAUACUUCGUGACAUACAUUAACACAGCUUUCUUUGCCAUAUCUCUCAUACCAAUGUUGUUCAGAUCACUACAUAAGUACGGGUUGCACCACAUGCGAGACUGUUUGAGCGAGCACUGGCAAACCUGUAGACAUGGAUAUAAAUCGAUAAAAGACCGCUCAACAGACCAAGAGGAGGCCGAAGAUGCCAUUUCACCUUCAAUUUCUCGUUUACGAGUUGAUGACCAAGCUGGUCCGGCCUUAAGCAUCUCAGAGGGGCUCGACUCACUUGAAGGUAUGCUGAACUUUACCGAAACUGCUAAGCUCAGCUUAGAAUUUUGUGGCUUGUGGUUUGCGGCAAACUACUUAGUCGCUGCCUGCUUAGAAUAUACGAGCGUUGCAAGCUCAACUAUCUUAACGUCAACUAGCAGCAUUUGGACCCUAGCAUUUGGAGUAAUAGCACAUGUGGAAAAAUUUUCAUUUAAAAAAUUGCUUGGAGUCGUUGCUUCAUUAUCAGGAAUCAUAUUAAUCUCAACCGUUGAUCUCUCUGGAACAGACAAUGAUGAGAGCCGUGGCAAAUUUCCCCACAAAUCACAUAGUGAAAUUGCACUUGGAGAUGCCAUGGCAUUUGCUAGCGCCAUAAUGUAUGGCUUAUAUUGCGUCGUUAUGAAGAAACGCAUUGGAAACGAAGAUCGUGUCGAUAUGCCUCUCUUUUUUGGGAUGGUAGGGCUUUUUAACGUUCUAUUUUUGUGGCCAGGAUUUUUCUUUCUCCACUUUCUUGGGAUUGAGACUUUUGAGCUACCACCCAGUGGAAAGAUAUGGACAAUCAUACUUUUGAAUUCCUUAUUUUCAUUUGUCAGUGAUUACUGCUGGGCGUAUGCUAUGUUGCUCACAACUCCACUGGUCGUAACUGUUGGCAUCUCAAUGACAAUACCCCUUUCAUUGAUUGGACAAAUGAUUCUAAGUUCACAAUAUUCAAGCAGCCUCUACUGGAUCGGAGCACUAAUUGUUCUUUUCUCUUUCUUACUUAUAAAUCAUGAAAGCAAGGAAAAUGAAGAAGUAUAG